UCCAGUCACUCCUUGAUUCACUCACUUUUCACGAAGGAAUUUCUCCCUCUCCACAACCUAAACACGUAAACCACAAAUCAAAAUGCGUUUCUUCGCCGUCAUCUCUGCCCUUGCUGCCCUGGCCUCGGCCUACACCCAGCCCGACUACACCCAGAGCCCUACUGGCAAUGCCAUCUACACUCCUGGCCUAAACGACCAGGUCGAGGCUGGCAAGGCCUACAGCGUCACCUGGGAUCCCACCACCACCGGCAAGAUCUCGCUGGUCCUCCUCCACGGCCCCAGCACCAACAUGCAGACCCUGUACGCGAUUGCCGAGGACAUCGACAACACCGGCAGCUUCUCGUGGACCCCCAGCACUGAUCUGGCGCCCGAGACCACCCACUACGGUCUCCUCCUCGUCGUCGAGGGCACUGGCCAGUACCAGUACUCCACCCAGUUCGGUAUCACCAACCCCUACUACUCGUCCUCGUCCGCUGCCGCUUCCGCCACCACCUCCACUGCCGCCGCUACCACCUCCGCUGUCACCGAGGCCGCUGCCACCACCACUGCUGCCGCUACCACCACCGAGGUUGCCGUCAGCGCCGCCACCACCUCCACUGUCGCCGAGACGGUGGACGCCACCAAGCCCGCUGCCACCUCCGUCCCCGUCAUCAAGCCCACCGGCUUCGUGACCUCCAAGCCCUCCGGUGUCAUCUCCAGCUCCGCCGCUCCCUCCGGCACCCCCGCUGCCAGCUCCUCCUCCGUCUCCCCCAUCUUCACCGGUGCUGCUGACCGCAACGCCAUGAACCUGGGCAUGGGCGCCCUGGCCGCCGGUGUUGUUGCCGUCCUUGCCAUCUAAACUGGCCCAGCAUGAGCUUGAGCUUGGCGAUGAUGUGGAUUUGCAGCUGUGACGAAGCUUAGUUUGAUUGUUCAUAUUGCUUUGAUACUUCUUCGACCAGGACAAAUUUGAAAUAACUUCGGAUGUAUUAAGCUUUGUUGUUUUUAUCUUUCUGUACAAGACAAACCCCCUUCCCCGGUGCCUCCCCGAGCAUGUGGAAUUACCUUUCUUCGACAUGAUUUCUUUUCUAUUCUAGUUCUCAGUUAAUACCCCCCCCCUUUAUUUUGACAAACAUGAAUGAACCUCCAAGGGAGAAAAUACCUGAUGACCAACAAACAAGAAGAAAAAAACCAGGGACCCUCCUUCCCCCUAUGUUUGAUGUUUUACAUGUAUGUUUGCCGUCACUCUGCCCAAGCAAAUAACUUGCAACGUUGAUGGGGGGAUGUUGGCCCCUCGGGGGU